AUGGUUAUGCGAUAUUUAAUUUCUAUACGUAAUAUUCCAUGGACUAUUUCGAACUUAGAACUUGAAAAAUAUUUUUCAGCAUUUGGUAAUGUAAAACAUGCAAAAGUUGUAUUUAACAAAUAUGGUUUAAGUACAGGCUGUGGUUUUGUAGAAUAUUAUGAUAAAUUAGCAAUGCAAAAUGCACUUAAAACAAGUCAUGUUUUGGAGGAAAAUAAAUUAUUUGUUGUAAAACAUAUUGAACAUUUUCAAGAAGAAGCUGCUAAACAGUUUAUAAACAGAUAUACACAAGAACAAGAACAAUAUAUGCCUAAUGAUAUAAAUAAUUAUAUGCAAAUACAAUCCAUAAAUAUUACAGCAAAUUACAACAAACAACAAAAUUCUCCUAGCGGAUCAACUUUGAUUAAAGAACUUUUAAAAAGUAACACUUUAUUGAGAAAAAAGGGAUAAACA